ACUUGGCCUGUAACUUCUUUGGUGGAAGAAGCACCCCUUCUUACUUUUUUAAUGUUUUUCCCUUUAUUGUAACCAGUUUUCAGGUCAUAACCUUGCAAUCUUUUUUCAGGGGGUCCUGUGAGAGUGGUGACCUCUUUCUUUCACACACCCAACCCUGGCUCCAUCACCUACAGCUUCGUUAAAAUCUCUAACCUGGCAGCUGGGGAGAGUGUUCUCCCCACUGAUCCCCAGCCUUUUUUGAGUGGACAUCAUUGUCCCCAUCUCAUCUUCCAGUUUUUGGUGAAACCUGCCACAUCCUUUCUCCUGAUCCUGGAUCUGACCUUUUCUCCCUGCUCUGGACCCAGUGGCUGGGAGAUGCUUGUCCCGAUAGGAUGGACCCAUUUUCCCCUCCAUCCUAUACUGGAUAUUGCACCAGCUGAAAUGAAAAAUUAGUCCUGGAGGUGCCUGUGGAAAGGCCCCUCCAAGGGCUUAUUCGGGUCAUGGCAAAGGAUUUUUCCCGGUGAUUUCAGCAGUCCUGAGACCCUCCUGAAGAGCAGCAUCUCCUGGGGAGAGGAGAGAAAGAGGAGCUGGAGCAUCCCACUGCCAUCGCACCAUGCCACUCGCCCGCCCCACCCGGCAAAUCCCUGAGGCCGCUUGGACCUCGGGCUUCAGGGAGAUGACGGAGCCCUGGAAAGGCGCCGUCGGCUGCCUCGGCGUGGCCAUCUUCUUCGCCAUGACCAUUGGCAUCAUCUCCUGGCAGGCGCUGGAGCAGUCCCCGGAGGAGUGGGUGCUGCGGGGCCGUGCUGGUGGGGUGCUGUGGGAGCGCCGGCGGGGUGCCCUGCUGCUGCGGGCGCUCCCGUCAGGGCGGACGGUGGCAGUGAUCACGGUGGGCGGCGUGCCGGCCGCCGAACCCCCGCCGCCGCGGGACCGCUGCUGGCAUGACCGUGGGCAGUUCUGCUACGCAUGGGAGGAGGAUGCCGAGCUCCGGCUCUCCAUCGAGCCCCCGCCGGCCCCUGCCACCGAGUGCUACGGCGUCCACUGGACCCCGCUGCGCCCCGACGUGAUGCUGAAGGAUUGCUUCUCCAUGGCCAACGUCUCCUGGUACGGAGGGGCGAGCAUCCGUGCCCAGCACUGGCCGCUCAACAACGCCGAGAGCCCCGCGCAGCCCUUCGUUAGCGGCAACUUCGGCAAAAACCCCACUGGCUACGGGCCUGUUCUGGAGAGAUACUUUUUAGGCUCAACAGGAGUGACAGUGAUGGUGGCGCCUGAUAUGCCCCUCGUCCUCUCCCUGGAGAGCGAUAGGCAUUUCUGCCUGCAAACACCAGCGGAGAGUGAUGCCGUGUCCCUGCGCUACCUCCUCUGUGUCAGCCCGGACAUCGCAGCCGCCCACCGGCAUGUGGGCAGCCAGCUCGCGGGGCAGGCACGGGCACUGCCAGACACAGCCCUCCUGGGGUCUCCGAUCUGGCAGUAUUAUGGCCCAGCAGGUUCAGCUGCCAAAAUAAAACGAGGUCUGAGGUCAUUGGCCAAGAAACUGAAGCGGCAUCAUCUUCAGGAGGGGGUCCUGGCCCUGGGGGAGCGCAGCACGGCCAUCCUUGCUGCUGCGGACCAUGUGCCCUUGGAGCGGAGGAAGAGGCGCGAAGCGUCCCGUGCCUGGGACCCUUCCCUGAUCGAGCCACUGCAGCUCUCCAUCACGCUGUCUCCGUACACCAGCAUCGCCUCCCCGCUCUUCCUGCGCUGGCUGCGGGACGGCCAGGCGGCGAGCUACUGCCUGAGCCUGCAGCCCCGCUUCGGGGACUGCUCGGUCCCGCUGCUGACCACGUGGAAGGGGCGUCUUUGCGCCCGCCUGAACGUCACCAGCGAGCCAGCGCUGAGCUGGUACCUGGCGCGGGCCCGGCGCCUGCAGCAGGCACUGGGAGCCACAUACAUGGUCUUCGAGGGGGCCGAGGGCAACAUCUUCCUGGAGCGAGCUGUCCCACCUCCUGCUGAGCUGACGGGAGACCGAUAUACCACAGCGCUGGCGGCGGCGCUGGCAGCGCUGGGAAACGCCACCAUCAUCAGUGCCGGUGCUGGAUCCAGUCACCUCCCGUUCUUUGUCCAGAUGAGCCCGCUGCACUCAGACUGGAGCCACACAGGGCUGAAGGGGCUUAUUCCCUCCGUGCUGCACUACAGCCUCUUGGGCUACAACUUCUUCAUCCCUGAUGCAGUAGGAGGAAGCCUGGCUGGUGACACCGCAGGGGACCCGGAGCUGUACGUGCGGUGGCUGCAGAUCGUGACCUUCCUCCCUGUGAUGGCCUUCAGCACGCCGCCCUGGCUCUGCUGCGACACCUGGGUCCUGAACCUCACCCGGCAAUGCAUACAGAGGCACCGCGAUUUCGUUGUGCCACUCAUUCUAAAAUACAGCGAGGAAUGGCUCAGGUCUGGGUACCCCAUCUUCCGGCCGGCAUGGUGGCUCAGCCCCACGGAUCCAACCGCUUUCACCAUAGAGGAUGAAUUUCUCAUUGGAGAUGAGGUAGGAAACGGGGGACUGAAUGUGCCCCCCAAGGGUAACUAGGGGCAAUAAGGUGCCCCCUGCGCUUGCCUAUCCACCCCUCUGCAUCCUACCUGACUACAGCGCUCCUACAGAGGUGGUGU